AUGGCUUCAUCGUCGCCGCCGGCACCGGACCGGAGCUGCGUGAUCCUGGCCACAAACGACUACAGUAGUCACACGUACACGUUCCACCACAUCGACGUGGCGCCCUUCUUCUCCCAUCCUGACCCGGACACCCAUGCCAUGGACGACGGCAUCCCCCUGCCUCCCGCGUCCGCGCGCUUCACCAGGCCGCCGGACGCGCGGGGCUGCUACCUCGAGUUCCACCUCCUCCGCGGCUGCGAACGCGACGCCGGCGUCAAGGUGGUGUCCACCGACGCGGAGCGCCGCACCGUCAUCUACAACGUGGCCCGCCGUGCCGUCCGCGGAGGGCCCAUGAUGCGCGCCACCAAGGACAGCCCGGUCUCCGUCGCCGUCGGGGACGGCCUAUUCGUCUUCGAAAGGAGGCCCGCCUCCGGCCACCGCCGCUUCGAGGCCCUCCGGUACGACCCCCUCCGGGAGGACUGGUACUGGUACGGCAUCCCGAUGCCGCCCUACGUGCGCGACCCCGGCUACCGCCGCUCGAGCAUCACGGCGCUCACGCCGGCCGCCGGCGGCAGGAUCUGGACCACCACGGAGGGCGUCGGCACCUACUCGUUCGACACCAGGCGGCGCUCGUGGAGAAAGGAAGGCGACUGGGCGCUGCCGUUCCUGGGGCAAGCGGAGCACGUCCCGGGGCCCGGCGACGGGCUGUCGUUCGGGUUCUUGGCCGUGGAGUGCAACGGUUACACGUCCCCAAACGGCCCUCUCUGCGCCGUCGACCUCGCCACCGCCACCGCCGAGAGCCCACCGGUGGUGCGCGGGGUCUGGGAGGAGUUCAAGCCGCCCGGGGAGUGGACCCCGUCCACCCCAUCACUGGUGCACCUCGGGUCCGGCAAGAUGUGCGUCUUCAGGUUCUUCCAGACCGACCGUACCGGUGGUUCCAGGAACAGACGCGUCGUCGUUAUCACCGCCGUCGAGGUAAGUGCGCACGACGGAGAGAUCAAGAUGGUGAAGCACAGGUCAAAGUGUAUCAGGUUUCAGGAGCACCUUGGGCACGUAACAUGGAUACUGUGA